AUAAGGUGAACUAAUCCAACAACGCAACCCGAUAAAUCUGACCAACCUUUUCCUAUCUACACGAGGUACAAGUCACCAAGUUCAAGAGCAAUCAACCAAGCAACCAUGGCAGAACAAGACAGCCUUUUCGUCGUCAAACGCACCAUCCUCGAUCCCAAGGCUCCCACCGGACUGAGCUUCCAGAUAGCACUCCCGGCAACAUUCACCGAUCUCCGCGCCGCAAAGGAAGAAGCCAAGGCGCUGCUGUCCAAAGAAGGCUACGACACGGAAUUCCUCACACCCUACGAAACAAAGAGCGAUCCCUCAGCCUGGAAGCACGGCGACGGCGUCAUUGUAUUUGCGCAAGCGCCGUCAGGCCAGGAAUUCAAAGUCGAAAUCGACACGGUCGCCAACGCCGCGGGAUUACAGGCAGAUGCCUCGGGCAGGAUCCAGCAGCCGCUGUAUCACGUUGUUCAGACUCUGAUCGAAUAUGACGAUGAUAGAUCGGGGUCGGAGCGCCGCACUGUGGUCGAAGGCACGUUUGCGGAUCGUGAGCGUGCGCGCGACCACGCGUUGCGCGUCCUGCUGGAUGCCAACUUGAAGAGAGAGGACUUUGUCGAGUAUGACGAGUAUACGGAUGGUACGGAGGGGCCGUUUGGCCCGGAUGUUAUUGUGCACGCGGUGAAAGAAGGUGGUGAGAAUGUGCUGGUGUCGGUGAUUGCGGAUCAGCAGAUCGUUUGAAUGGGUAGGUGGGUGUCAGAUUGUAACACAGUUGGCUUUUUUGGGUUCGGAAUUCUUUUUACUAUGUGUAUACUCGAUAUUUCUAGCAAUAAAUUCAUUGGGUUAUGAUAAUGUCUCGUAUUGAAAUAUCACUCUGAUGUUGC